ACAAACAGGGUAGACUUUUUGAUUUUCAUCCAAUUCCACGAAAACACACGAAUUCUUCCUCUUUUUUUUCUUCCCUCUAAUUUUUUUUGGGGUUUUUUAUUCUCCCUCCAAAAAAAACCCUAGAUUUACCUCAUCAAUUAACACUCAUCCAAUACAGGUGGAAGAGAGGUGAGGAAAGGAAAGGAAGGGAGGAAUGGCUUUAGAAGGAUAUCUAACAGAUUCAUUGUUAAAUGGAUGGCUAUUAGCUGGAGUUGAGGAUUGGCAGUCUAGAGCAUGAGUUUUGAAGAUCAGUUCCCUAAUAUAGAAAAAAAGAUUUCAAUUAUUGUCAAAUAGAGCUGUUAGACGCUUCAGGUUCUCGGAGCAUCUACAAGAGCCUCGUUUCCUCCGCUAGUGCUGUCAUUUAAAAAACUUCCAUUGUUGUGCCUCCUCUGGGUUUGUCUUGUUACUGUCAUUUCUCUGAAUUGGCAGUGGAUCUCUUUCAGGUAUUCAAAGUCAUUCAUCUAGUGUGCAAAGCACUCCGGAGAAAAAUGGAAAUACAUGUUAUACAUCAAAAGGGUCGGAACUUCUCCAAGAAUUUCUGAAAUCUGGUCCAAAAGAGAGAGCUAUUGAAGACUUGCUUUAACAAAGAAACGAAACUAAAAUCUUCUCCAAAAGGCAGUAUGAUAGAGCAGCAGCUGAAAGCAUGCAACAAAAAUGUGAAGAAUCCUGAGAGCAGGAAGAAUGGUUCCAUUUCCAAUAAUACUGCUUCUAAGAAGCAAAGCAGGAAGGGAGAAAAUCCUGCUCGCCUCAUAUCGAAAACUGAGCAACCUUCUGAAUUUGGAUGUUCUAGUACCUGGAUAUGUAAAAAUUCUGCGUGUAGAGCUGUUUUGUCCAUAGAUGAUGCGUUUUGUAGGAGGUGCUCAUGUUGCAUCUGCCACCAAUUUGAUGAUAAUAAAGACCCUAGCCUUUGGUUGGUUUGUGAAUCUGAGUCUGGACAGGGUGAUUCUUGUGGAUUAUCAUGCCACAUUGAGUGUGCAUUUCAACAAGAGAAGCUGGGAGUCGUGAACCUUGGGCAAUACAUGCAUUUAGAUGGGAGUUACUGCUGCGCUUCUUGCGGCAAAGUCUCUGGUGUGCUUGGAUGUUGGAAAAAACAGUUGGCUAUAGCAAAGGAUGCUAGACGUGUCGAUGUGCUUUGUUAUAGAAUAUUGCUGAGUUACAGGCUACUUGAUGGUACGGCUAAAUUUAAGGACCUCCAAGAGAUUGUUGCAGAAGCUAAAAUAAAAUUGGAGGCGGAGGUGGGUCCCAUGAAUGGUGACUCUGUCAAGAUGGCUAGAGGUAUAGUUAGCAGGCUUACUAUUGCUGCAGAUGUACAAAAACUCUGUUCACAUGCGAUUGAUAAAGCUAAUGAAUUGCUUGCCAACGUUUCCAUCGUGUCUCCAAAUUACAAAGUGGAUUCACUUCCCGCUGCAUGCAGGUUCCUGUUUGAAGAAGUUACCUCUUCUUCACUUGUAAUAGUCUUGAUUGAUAUCCCCUCACCAAUAACUGAUUCCAUCAGAGGCUACAAGCUAUGGUACUGCAAAAGCAGACAGGAGACAUUUUCAAAGGAGCCUCAAUCCAUCUUUCCAAGGGAGAGAAGAAGGAUUUCUGUAACACAUCUUGAUCCUUGCACCGAGUACACCUUCAGAAUAAUUUCCUACACAGAAACUGAUGAUUUAGGCCACUCUGAGGCCAAGUGUUUUACCAAGAGUGUAGAGAUUUUUCAUAACCAUAAGAAUCCCACCACAUCAGGUUGUAAGAAGGAAACUCCUUCAGUUGAGGGAAGCUCCUCACCUACAAAGGAGCAACCCAACUCAUCUUCUGGAUUUCAGGUGCGGGACCUUGGGAAAGUGUUACGACUAGCUUGGGCUCAAGAACAGGGCUUUCUCGAAGGCUUCUGCAGUGCUGAUGUAGAACAAUGCUGUGGAGUUACAAAAUAUGAAUCUCCUAAAGAUCACCAGUCACCUCCGCCAGUUUCUCGUGAGCUUGACCUAAAUGUUGUUUCAGUUCCAGAUUUAAAUGAAGACCUUAACCCGCCUCUCGAGUCUUCCAGGGAUGAAGAUAAUGGAUGUACGCUGGAGCGUGCUACUGGUCCUGAUGAUGAUGCUGCUUCUCAUGGUGUUGAGAAGAAUGGGCUUGGGCUUGCCAGGUCAAAUGGUAGUGGGCCAAGUGAUGAUUCACUGGCUUGGGCAACCAUUCGAAAUGGAGACGUUGAUUCCUUGACGGAGAUUCGCCGGAAGAGAGCUUCAAGUUCGAAUGAAGAGACCCAUGAUUGUGACAGCGCCCUGAUAAAUGGGUCGCCGUUUCGGGUUUCUGGUGGGCCUGGACCCCUAGACAGUAACUUUGAGUAUUGCGUGAAGGUCAUACGGUGGUUGGAGUGUGACGGCUACUUAAAACAGGAAUUUAGAUUGAAAUUGUUGACUUGGUUUAGCUUAAGAUCUACUGAACAAGAGCGUCGGGUUGUCAACACCUUCAUUCAAACCCUCAUGGAUGAUCCAAAGAGCUUGGCAGGGCAGCUCGUGGACUCCUUUGGAGAUCUUGUAUCUAGCAAGAAGCCCAGGAAUAGUUUCACUAGUAUUCCUUCUUGAAUAUCUAUCAUAUAGAUGGGACGGAUACAUUUCAGAUGUUUAGGACACAGUUCUUAGGAAGCAAGUCACCUGGUUGUCCUCCAGAAAGGGAUUUCAUUUCAGUGGGUAACUGCAUAUUCUUAGGAGGUAUUUGUUAGAUUCCUUAACCUCAUUUGUAGAAAGAUUCACAUUGAGACAAUUAUUGUUACCUUCUCUAAUUUAAGGAAGGAUGGUUCAAUGGAUGUGUUAAUUCACGUUUAAUUUAUUAGUUAAUUAGUCUGUUUUCACAAGGAAUCAGAGGAUUAUUUUUUCCUGA